GAAAUUACUUCACCUACUAACCAGUAACUAGUUGCAAUCACAAGUACUUCAUAGACAGUUGAAGAAGUGAUUUAUCAUGAUUCUCUAUGAGAACAAAAUCAUAUUAUUCUAUUUAUUAAUCUCAGUGUUAAAAUAUUCUGUCAGUACAAAUACUAGGGAAAAAGGAACAAAUACUCUUGAAAAAUUAGUUAAAAUAUUUUCUGAACCUGGAGCAUUUAAACGUGUCAAUGAAAUUCUAGGAGAAAAUACAAUAGAAGGAUCUUCAUCAUCAUGUCCAACUGGAGAAGAGGGUCUUGAUUGUAGAAGAAAUGAAGCUCGGAGAUCUGCUGAUUGUCCUACUGGUGAUUGCUAUUGUUAUAAUUGUGCAGUAGCAGGUCCUGAAUUAUGGGCAGCUUGUUGUCGUGAAAGCUCCAAAUGUUGCUCUCAUCUAGCUGCUGCUUGUCGUAAUUGUGAUCAUCCUACACUUUUCCCAUUUUGUACAAAGCAUUUUAAAAAAUGCCUGAAUGAGAAUAAUUAAAAAAUAUUAUCUACAGAACGUAUUCUAUCUACAAAACUAUGGACCAGUAUUAAGAGAGAAAUUUCAUGAAAAAAAAAAGUCGUAAACUUCAUGAAAUAAUGUCGAAAGCCCAAUGUUGAAUUAAUGUCAUUACGCAACAACGUAUUCUGGAUUUCUAUAUAUGUUUGCACCAUCUUGUUUGACUGGUACCCUGGAAAUUUCACUUACUCGCAUGACAACAUAUUUGCAUUAAUUAAUAUUUAUGGAAAAUGAAAUUUUACAUCUUAAGUACAAUUAUUGACAAGCUUUAUUUUUUUUCCAUGAAUUUUUUCGUUUGUUUUGUAACAUUCAAUGAUUCAUCUGCUAAUACUAGCAAAUAAAUAAAUCAAGGGGGAGGCAAAAAAAUUUUCACACUGAUCAUUCAUGCUAUUAAGAUGUUUUUAAAUAAUGUAAUUUUUAAUUUAUUCAAAUGUAAAUUAAUUUUGUUUUUU